AAUAUCUCAUUUUUUUUUUUUUUUUUUAAUAAAAUCAUUCAAAUUAGAAAUUUCACGUACACACAACAAUAAAAAAAAUAAUAAUACACACAAUAGUUUCCAAUAUUUUUUUUAAUAUCAUAAAAUUUUAAAAAAAACUUUUUUUUGUGUUUGUUUAUAUAUACAUAAUAUAUAGAACAUUCGAUAAUAUAUUUAAUAAUAAAAUAAUUUAAUAAUAGUAAAAAAAGAACUAGCUUUUUAAUAUUUUAUAUUAUUAUUUAUUAUUUUUUGAAUAAAAUAAUAAUAAUAAUAAUAGUAAUAAAAUAUUAGAGAUAUCAAAUAAUACAAUUCUAAGCAGUAAUAAAUGUUUUAUAGUUGGCAAAAUAAAAUAUAAUAGUAAUAAUAAUUUUUUAUAUAAAAAAAUAGAUAAAAUAACUUAAAAAAAAAAAAAAAAAAGGAUUUUUUAAUAAGAUGAAUCCAUUUUGUUAUAAUAGUAAUAGUGGUGGUAUUGUUUCAAGUUUUUCUUUUGAUUUCUCAAGAUUAGCAAAUAAUAAUAAUAAUAAUAAUAAUAACAAUAGUAACAACAACAACAAUACUACCUCUUUUAAUAGCAAUAAUGGUACAAAUGAUACACCAUCUACAUUAGAAAGUCAUCAUCAACAACUUCAAUUAAUUCAACAACAACAACAACAAGAAAAAUUAAAUAGCUCACUCACAUCAUUAAUGCCAGUAUCAACACAGAAACAAGAACUAGAGUUAAAUAGUCUACCAAAACAUAUUUUAAAAGAAAUUUUAAAACACUUAAAUGACCAAUAUAGCAGUUGUACAGGAUCAGUUAGGCCACAGAAUCCAAUAUUUCAUAAUAAUUGUUAUAGCGAUUUAAAUACUAACGGCAAAGAUUCUGGAGAUAAAAAACCAAAGAAACAUUUAAGAAAUAGCGGUAGUAAUAUAAAUAAUAGUAGUCAAACUACAACAACCAAUAAUAACAAUAAUAAUAAUAAUAGCAAUGGUGACAAUAAAAAUAAUAUAGUUAUAUCAUCACAAUCGUCAACAUGUAUUUAUUUAAAAGAUAUUAUUGGAUUAUCAUUAGUUUGCAAAUUAUGGGCAAAAUGUAUUGUUCCUGUAUCGAUUUCAAGUUUUAUAAAGAUUUCAAAUAGAAAAGAGUUAUUAACAGUAACCAAGUUUAUGACCGAUGGAAUUAUAAAGGGGGGCGCGGUAUGCACAUUUACUACAAUUAAAUUUCACUGUAAAAAAUCGCAAUUAGAAAAAUUAAGAUAUCAACAGCAUCAACAAGAGGAGCUUAAUAAUCCAUGUUAUAACUCUGUUUCAACUGGAGGAAUUAAUAGUAGAGAUUAUUGCAGUCUUUUAGAAAAGUGUGGCUCAAUUAAAUCAUUAAUCUUUGGUAGUGGUCAUCAACUUACUCAAUCCGAUCUUUCAGUUAUAACUUGCUACCUUAGAGAUUGCACUAACAUUACCGAUUUAAAGUUAAGCAGUUGCUUUACCAAUGCAAAUAGUUUUGGUUCUUUCUGUGAAUCACUUCGUUACAAUCAAUCUUUAACCGCUUUGGAUAUCUCCUAUAAUUGUUUAUCCAAAGAAUCAAUUUGCCAAUUGGUACAAGCCCUAAAGCACAACCGUACUCUCACAUUCUUAGAUUUAUCUUUUAAUGGUAUUGGCUCUAAUGGAAUCUAUUUGGCCAAUAUGUUUAAAACAAAUGUUUCACUUCAAAGUGUAUUUUUAAUUGGUAACGAGCUCGAUAACGAUUCUGUUGCUUCCAUCGCCGAAGCACUUAAAAAAAAUAUCUCUCUCACCGAACUCUCUUUGUCAGAGAACAGCUUCGAUGAUGAAACUGGCCAAUUAAUCGGUGAAAUGUUAACCUACAACAAAACCAUAAAGUCUAUAGACCUUAGUUUUAACGAUUUGGCUGAUUGUACCGUUCAAGGGUUUUCAGAAGCAAUUUCCUGCAAUAAUACUUUAACCACCCUUAAUCUCAGCGAUUGUGCCAUGAGUGUUAGUGAAGAUGCCGGUGUUCAAUUUUUUCAAGCUUUACAAACCAACCAAACCAUUCAAAGGUUGGUUCUUUGGAGUUGCGAUCUCUCAAGUUUAACUGUAAAGGAGCAACUUGCUCACGCUAUCCGUGUUAAUACUACCAUUACAGAGUUGUCACUAGGUUUCAACGAUCUCACAUCAAAUGAUAUUUCCAUCCUCCUUCAUAAGGGUUUAAAGUAUAACAGAACAAUUAAAAUCCUUUCGUUCAAUAACAACUAUAUCGAUUCCGUAGCUGGUAUCAUGUUGGCAAACUAUAUCAAAGAGAAUGAUACCAUUCAACAAUUAUCAUUAUUUGAUAAUCGUUUAGAUAACAUCGCUUGUGUUCAAUUUCUUAUCGCCAUUUGUUCAAAUAAUACUAUUCAAAAACUUUGUUUAGGUUCGUGCAGAAUUUGCCCAAAUUUGACAAGUCAUCUUAGGAGAUGUUUAAGACAUAAUACAAUGAUCUCUAGCGAAGUUGACCAUGCUUUCCCAAUCUCUCAAGAAUACCGUAAAAAUUGUAUAUUAUCAAAAUUAAAUUAUUUAAAAACCGAAUUUAAAAAAGAGCAACAAGGUAUUUCACCUCAAUCAGAAUUGGGCAACAUUUUAACACAGCUUUUACAAACCAUAUCACAGGCUAUAAAUAAUAUUGAAAAUAAUAAUAAUAAUGGUCAUAAUAAUUUGUUAAUAGCUGGCCACCAAAACAACGCCAAUAUAAAUAAUAAUAGUUGUAACGAUAUAAAUAUAAAUGGUUUAAAUUUAAAUAGUAGCUCACCAAAUAUAUAUAUUAAUCAUCCAAAUUCUCCAGUAAAUAAUAAUAUCGAUUUAAUAAAUAAUACAAAUAGUAAUAUACUAUUUAAACCAACCUUUCAAUAUAAAUGUCAAUCUCAAAAUCAACAGACAUCCAACCCACCACAUUUAAAUAAUAAUAAUAAUAAUAAUAACAAUAACAACAAUAAUCUCAAUUCUCCAAAUAGGACCAAUAUUUUCUCAUCGAACUUAACAAAUCAAUCAAUAAUACCAAAUAAUAAUAUUUUGAUGAAUAAUAGUAAUUUAAAUAUAAAUAGUGUUUUUGAUCCACAACAACAAUUCCAAGAUGAAUUAUUACAACUUCAUAGCCAAUUACAGCUCGAAGUACAUAAUUUUGUUUCUCAACCCCCACAACAACAACCAAAUCACAAAACAAAUGAUAAAAGCAAUAAUAACAUUUUACAAGAUACUGGCAAUAAUAGUACUUCAAAUAAUACAGAUAAUACAAAUAACAAAAAUAAUACAAGUGAA